AUGGAGCCUGGUCGCUGUGUCCAUGUGGUCCCACAUCGGCUGGACGGGCCAUCGCCCCCAGAAACGUUGUAUGCCCUGGGUGCACGAACGCUGGCAAGGAUGAAGGGAAAGGAUCUUGCGGAGUCCUGGUCCCUAUUUGCGAACAUGCCUGUGGUGGACCCAAAGCAGUCUCCAGUGUUGUGCCGCUGGGUGCCUUACCAUCUCAUGAUUAUCCUCCAACGGCUGCUAUGUGCCGUGCCCGUGGACGAUCUCAAUGGCCGAGUCGUCCAUACCUAUGACAAGCACCCGGGCCCCAUCGAGGGCGCUCUGGCGGAGGCCUUCGGCUUCACAGAAAGAGCGCAGCGCGUGAUGCGCAUCGGAGAGCUGGAGGAGAUUUUCCACGCCGUGGAGAGGAUGGAGGAGGAAGAAAUCAGCACACGACUGCGCAGACGCCUUGAGAAAGUCACAGACCUGCUGACAGAGUUCGGCGAGGAGUAUGGCUCUGUAUGGUUUGAAGGCCAGAGAUGGGGGAUCCUUUGGCGCAAUCAGCGCUCCUACCUUGUACUUUGCCAGCAGCUGGGCUUGCACAAAAGGGGACUGGCUUUGCGUGAAUACAUCUUUGAACAAGGGCAAGAAAUCGUGCUGGGCACAUCCUGGCUAUCCUUGGGACGAAAGUGUCGCGACAAUCUGAUGGAACAAAUCGCCCUGGAGAAUGGUCCAAGUGGCGCUGAGGAGCUCACCUCCGGUGAUCCUUUGACCGAGCUUCGGUCAAAGAACUCGAGUAGUUUUCCUUCUUCGCCCGUUUUCAACGAGCCCUGGGCUUGUUUGGAGGAUGUUGCCCAGGCGCAAAUCUAUUUGGCCCGUCGUCCGCAGGACGAACGACCUCUGCCACGGACGCUGCAUGCAUUGGGCGUGCAGAUGGUGGGAGAAGUGUGGGGACAGGAUGUUGGAGACUCCUGGUCCCUGAGUGCGAACGUGCCUGUGGUGAACCCACAGCGAUCUCCAGUAUUGUGGAGCGGCUUGCUGCCCUUUGGUGACAUGGAGAACCUCCAACGGCUGCUACGUGCCGUGCCCGUGGACGACCUCAAUGGCCGAGUCCUCCAUCCCCACGGUCAGCACCCGGGCCCCAUCGAGGGCGCUCUGGCGGAGGCCUUCGGCUUCACAGAAGAAGCGCAGCGCGCGAUGCGCAUCGGAGAGCUGGAGGAGAUUUUCCACGCCGUAGAGAGGACAGCCGUGAAGCUGCUGAAGAAGUUCGGCGGCACAGAGUAUGGAUGCGCAUGGUUUGAAGGCCCGAAGAUAGGAGAUUCUUUGGUGCAGCCCGCCAACAGGCUUGCUUUGUGGAUGGAGCCGGAUCGCUGGAUCUGUGUGGUUCCGGACGAAGGUCCUCUCCCAGCGACGCUGCAUGCAUUGGGCGUGCGAAUGGUGGGAGAAGUGCGGGGACAGGAAUUGGACUCCUGGACACUGCGGGCAAACGUAUCUGUGGUGAACUCGAAGUCUCCAGAGUUGUGGGGGUGGAUGCCUUGGCCCAAAAUGAUGGACCUUCAAGAGCUGCUACAUGCUGUGCCCGUGGAUAGCCUCACCGGCCGAGUCGUCCAUUCCUAUGGCAAGCACCAGGGCCCCAUCGAGGGCGCUCUGGCGGAGGCCUUCGGCUUCACGGAAGAAGCGCGGCGCGUGAUGCGCAUCGGAGAGCUGGAGAGGAUCUUCAGGGCUGUGGAGAUGCAGGACCAGAACACAGAAGUUCGCCAACGCCUUCAGGAAGCCACAAGCCUUCUGAAAUGCUUCGGCAAAGAGAGUCAUGGCUCUGUGUGGUUUGAAGGGGCAAUCAGCGCUCCGACCCUCUAUUUU